AUGAUCGUCAUCGCUAAAAUUCGGACUGUUUACUCUACUUUUUUUCCAAAGAAGCGACCGUCUUCCAAUAAGCGCACCUCAACUUUUGCUUCGCGAUCUUCCUCUAAAUCCUCUUCUACCUCGAAUCACCGAAAUCGGCCCAUCUGGCUUGCAGCCAAGGCUACCAAGCAUCAUCAGUGUACCUCAAUUCCUUCCUCUUCUCACCAACCUGUAUCUUCCUCUGCCACUUCUCUUCAAUCUCCGACCCACCCACUAGCUCCAGUCUCGGGCUCAAAUGAACAAUCAUCGAUUUCUUCUUCCCUUUCCCGUAGUCACCGAAGGAAUUCGGAGACGACCAUUGCUUCCAACCCGGCCUCAAAAAAUCCUUGGCGGAGGAGUUGCAGGCCGGCGGCCAGGCGUGCCCAGGAAGCUCGUCUUCGACGCGUGGUACAACCAGUUGUCAGAUCUGUGAGAUAUAAUUGGGUUUGGAAGCAUUCGUUUUACAACUUAUAUCCCCACUAA